AUGGCCACCAUGGAGAAGAUACAGGAGCAGUUGAUCGUCAUUGUGAAGAAAGUUGGAGAUGUCACUCUGGAAGAUAUCGUGAGCAGGCUGUCUGCAUUCCUGCGCUUAACUUUGGAGAAAACCGAAGAGCUCAUUGUCUCCCUGAAAUCUCAGGAUGCGGAGAAACUCACCAUGUGGAUGAGCAACGUCUACAGCGACGCCAUCAACUCCUGUGCCAUGUAUGAUAUCACACAGCAGAUCAAGGAAGCCAAGAGAAUCAUCAGAGAAUACUGCGACCUCGUCAAACUCAAGCUUGAAGACUUCUUUGCUGAAAUGUCCAUUGAGCAGCUCAACGCUGAUAUCCAGUCCUGA